AUUAUGUUAAUAGCAGUUGGCAGCAGAGAGUCGAAGAAAACACUGUUACCUAAUUCACGAUGCGCUACAAUUUAAUUUCGCGUGCUGUCCGCCUACUAAAUCAGAGUCACAACCAACGCGGAAACUAUCUAUUAAAACGUGUAGCGAGCAGCAGUAGCAGCAGCAGCAGUGGCAGCCUCAAUCAACGCGAUGAGCAACCACAGGCAACGGAGGCAACAACAGAGGCGUCGCAGUCGGAGUUGCCGGCACGUGAACCACUCGUGAAGAACUUCUUUGUGGGCAUUACGGACAAGGAGCUGCUCGGAUAUCCGGAGGUGAUCGCACGCGAGGAGAUGUCACAGUUGAAGACUGCACUGUUGCCACUCAACAAUUACUUUGCCGAACAGCAAUCGCAGUCGCAGUCCCAAUUGGAGAGCCUCACUCAGCUGGGACUCUACGGAUUGAAUGUGCCGUUGGAAUACGAUGGCAAAGGCUACAAUUGGAGCGCCAGCCUCAUGGCCAGUGAGUCCGAGGCGGGACACACAAGCCUGGCACUUGGCCUACAAUCGCAUCGGAUUGUUGUCGAUAUGCUGCGAGAAUUGGGCAGCGAGGAGCAGAAGCAACGCUACUUGCCAUCGUUGGCCACGGGUCAAGUCAUUGCAACGGAUGCGAUCUUUGAGUAUACGCCACCAGAGGAUGAUUUCUUUGGCACCCAGGCCAUCUAUGAUACCGUCACAGGCAGCUGGACCCUCAGCGGGGAGAAGGCCUUCGUGGUCACGGCUCCGGUAGGCACACGCCAGCUGUUCCUCGUGCUCGCCCAGACGCAGCAACUGAAUGUGCCCGGCAACAUUGGCAUGGGCUCCACCUUCUUCCUGGUUGACUCACAGCAGCAGGGCGUCAAGUUGGGUGAGCUGCAUGCCACAUUUGGUUGCCGGGAGGCGCCGAUGCGUCGUCUGCACUUUGACAAGGUGCAGCUGCGACAGGAUCAGAUCCUUGGCUCAGCCCACGAGGGCAAUCGGCAUGCGGAGCAUUUGGUGCGCUCCUCCCGCCUGAGAACCACCCAAUCAGGCAUCGCUCUGGCCAAGAGGCUGCUCCAACAGCUGACCGCAUUCAGUGUGGAUACCACACAAUGUGGCGUCCAGAUCAAAGAUUUGGAGUUGACCCGUGCGAACCUGUCGCAGGCGAUGUGCUCGAUCUAUGCGAUGGAGAGCAUGCUGUAUCUGAGCGCUGGGCUGUUGGACGAGUUCCUCGGCCAGGAUGUGACGCUGGAGAGUGCGAUCACCAAAUACUACACGCUGCAGCAGUUGCACGCGAUCGCCACACAGAGCCUGGGUCUGCUGGGACCGCGUAGCCUGCACCAGGGCGAGCCGGCGGAGAUGGCGCUGCGCGACACCGCCCAGCUGUGCACCCAAGGUGAAUCGCUGAGCACGCUGAGCAUGUUCAUUGCACUGACGGGCCUGCAACAUGCCGGGCAAAGGAUGAAUGAGGGCGUGAGGAAAUCACGUAAUCCGCUCUUCCAUCCGGGCCACAUCUUUGGCAAAUUCAUGGGCCGUUCGAGCCUGGAGAGCCCCAAGACGGGCAUGCUGCUGGCGGAGAAUGUGCAUCCCACACUGGAGCCAGCUGCCCAGUGCAUCGAGCAUUCGAUUGCCCGUCUCCACAUGGCCGUGGAUUUGAUGUUCACGCGGCAUGGCAACGCCGUUGUCGAGCGUCAAAUUGAGUUGCAACGUGUGGCGAAUAUUGCGAGCAUCAUUUAUGCGAUGUGGGCGAGUGCGGCACGUGCAUCGCGCUCGUAUUGCAUUGGCUUGCCACUGGCGGAUCACGAGUUGUUGACUGCCUCAGCGAUCUGCACACAGGGACGCGACGAUGUGCUCAGACUCGCCACGGAUGUGUUCAAUGGCAACUAUGUGAAUAAUGACAACAAUCUGUUGCGCCUCUCCACGCAGGUGGCAAAGAGUAAAGGUUACUUUGCGGUGCAUCCAUUAACCUUUAACUUUUAAGUCUUAAACAGAUUCUUAUCACUGAAAACUUCAAAAUCGACAUAAUAUUAUAUUAAAAAAAAAAACACCAAAAACAAUCGUA